AUGGAGCCCUACGCCCGGCGCCUGGUGGAAGGAUUACUCUCAUUCCCCUUUCCGAACAUUUCCUCACGUCUCCCUAAACUGCUCAGCGAUGCCGCCGAGCUGUCCGUGGCUCUGCCCGAGGGAAAAUAUCUAUUAUCCCCCUCUCCCUCCCCCCGCCUUGUUUUUCUUGCCAGGCAGAGGAAUAAACGCUCAACGAUCCGGGGCUUUCACCUCUACUCUGAUAAAGGUUAUCUCGGCAAUUUAGAGCUGGCGAUAUCGCAUUAUGGAGAGAGUUAUGAGGCGGAAAUCAAAUUUAGCUCCCAGCGACUUUUCCCCGGCUUCCUGCAGAGCGGGGGCCACGUCGCAGCAGCGCUCGCCGUGCCAAAGGGUUGCCAUGACGAUGAGGGUUUUUUAACACCUCUUACAGCAGUCGUUAGCGGGCUGGAGGAGGAAAACCUGAUGAGCUGCUCUGGUCCUAAAGAGGCUCACCUGCCACCGGCUGGACACACACACUCCAACACACACUCCACUCAGCUCAGAUGCAGGAAAUAUCCGUUUAAAGCCAGCGUCCUUAAACUGCAGGCCAUUAACAAGCUGGUAAAUCAGUCUGGAGCUGUGGGCCUCGCGCACAGGGACCCUCAUCUAAAGCAAACCCGGAAGUCCAGCCACCGAUCUGCCCCGGAACGUGAAGGGGGCUCGUGCCCACGAGCGGAGUGGAAAGUGGGUCACCAGCGCGUGGAGACUGGGGGGGCGGGAGGGUCUGGCGCGCGUGCCUCCCGCCGCGGGCUGAGCGCGCGCCGCUGGACCUGCUCGGUUUUCCGGGCGGCCGUGAAUGCUCCGCGGCUCCGCGUGCGCUCGGCGCCUCGUGCUCCUGCGCAGAACCCGGGAUUCGCGUCUCCGCUGAAAUGCGCCCCGGUUGGAGGCUUUGCGGAUGGACUCCAGCCCCGGCAGCAGAGCGGGAGUAGGGAGGGACGGACCGCAGCCGGCCGCCGCGGCCACAGCACGAGCAGCAGGCCCCGGACUACAGCAGCUCCUGUAGGGGUCCAGACUGGAGCCUCUGAGGAGGGUCCAGAGGAGGGUCCAGACGGGCCCAACGGCCCGCGGGCAGCAGAUAAACCUGCCGGCCAAACGCCCGCCGGCCUCACGGGCCGUUUGUCCGGCCGUUGGGAUUUGCAUGACUGCAGAUGUGUCCCCAACCAGCGGCCCCUCAUGGAUCGCAGCAGCCAGAUGGAUCCCCGCCGCUCCUCGCCACCGCCGCACGCCGCCGAGGGGCCGCCCCCCCCCCCCGGGCCCCCCCCCCCCCCAGCGCUGGCCCUGGCCCAGAUGAGGACGUCCGGCAGCAGUAACGAGUACACGGAGGGGCCUACAGCAGCCCGCCGGGGGCCGGGCCCCCCGCUGACCCCGCCCGCCCCUGAGGGCCUCGGCCCCCCCGCCCCCCCGCCUCAGCACGCCUCCGGGGAGGCGUUGCCGUGGCGCCGUGGCGACGGGGACUCGGGCCAGCGGCUGCUGGGGGCCGCUGUGGUCCGGGCCCAGCCCGCCCGGGCCGCCCCCCCCCAGGAGCUGAAGCCUCUGGGCGAGGACGGCCUCAUGGCGUCGGGGGGCGGGGCUAAGCACGGCGAGCGCUGCGCGGCGUGCGGGCGCUGCGUGUGCGGCGGCUGCCGGCGGCCCCGCCCGCCCCCGGCCUGCUGGCUGUGGGGGGGCCGCUGCCUGUGCUCGGCGGCGGGGGCGGUGGAGUACGGCAGCUGCGCCUGCUGCGUGCGGGCGCUGUUCUACCACUGCUCGGGCGGGGGGGAGGAGGAGGAGGAGGGGGGGGGCGCGGCGUGCGCGGACGCGGCCUUCUCGUGCGCGGCGCCGCGCUGCGGGCUGCGCUGGGCGCUGCUAACGCUGCUGGCCCCGCUGCUGCCCUGCCUGCUGUGCUACCCCCCCGCCCGCGCCGCCCUGGCCCUCGGCCAGCGCUGCUGGGACCGAGCCACCCGCCCCGGCUGCCGCUGCGCCCCCCCCCACACCCAGCAGGGGCCCCGCAAGGCCCCGCCCCGCUGA